AAUUAUUUUUGUCUCUCCAGUUCAUUUAAUUACGAAAACAGAUUAUGUCUUCCUCAAAUACCAAGAUUACCCAUGCCAAACUCCCUAAAACUAUUGACAAUCCAAGGGCAAAUCUGUCUCUUCAAUAUUCUGCAUAAUUCUGCAACAAAUCGUCCUGCCUGCAAAUCUCAGGCAUUUGUCGUCUUUGUCCGGACAAACACGAACUUACCUUAUUCCUUCCCACCCGUUUGAUCUUCUGGUACUACCAUCCCACGGCUAACAAUCACUCGGUCGAAGUUCAAAUUUAAAUGAAAAAUAGAAGUAUGCAUUUUGGUGACAGCAAAGCCGCCUAUUUCUUCAUAUACAGACAAAAUGAUUCCCCCAGCUUAUCCUUAACUAACACGUGUCAUUUUUCUUCUACAUAUUUACCGGCUCUUCUGUUCUUCUCUUAUCAUUGCAUUUUCUCAUUCCUAAGAAAACAACCUUUCUCUCUCCUAUUUCUGAAAAUGGAGGUUGCAAGCGCGAAUUCCGAGGUUUCCUUCUUAUCCUUGUUAAUGGCGCCGGAAACUGCUACGAUUGAGGAAGAUGAUUUUUACGAAACAACUGAAAAUUUCAAAAACUUCCUCCCGCCGUCGUCACUUCCGCCAUCAUUGCCGCCGUUGUCUGAUCAUGAUUAUUGUUAUUAUUACCAGCACGCGAAUAAUAACAAUAACAACAACCUUCAUUUUAUCUCUCCACCUCCUGAACCUUACUUCCUCCCACCAUCGCCGGAAUUCUCUACAGGCUUGCCAGAUCUUCUCUCCUUUGAGAAUUUCGUUGAGUUACCGCCGCCUUCCAAUAUGUAUUCACCACUGCCACAAUCGCAAUAUCUACUUUCACAACCACCGCCUUCUCUGCCGCAACAACAGCCGCCGAGAGACGACUACUCGCUCGACUCAAUCCUUGAUAAUUACCUCAAAACCUCAAAGCAGAAGAGGAAAUCUUCGUCGAUGUCGGCACCGGCGUCGCAACAACAGAAGACUAAUCGGAGGGGUAAGCUAAGCGAGAAGAUCUAUUGCUUAGGUAAGCUUCUACCAGGCGGUCACCGUCACCGGAAAAAUACGGCGGACAUGUUGGAGGAGGCGAAAAAGUACGUGCUGUUUCUUCAGGCCCAAGUUAACUCUCUGAAGACUAUGCCGACUGAGUCGAGGUUCACCGAGUCGAGAGUUAGAGUGAAAAUUUCAAGAGGAAUAGGGGAGCUGACGAAGCUAAGCAGGCAGCAACUGUUACGAGUAGUGGUGAAUUCACCGGCGGCACAGAUAGUGAUGGCAGAUGAGGGAUGGUGUUUGGCGACGGCGGAACAGGUGGAGCUGAUGAAGAGGAUUGAGGCUAGACAGAAGGUCAUUCAGCAACUCAUGGACAGCCUUCCUCUCUGAAGUUUUUUUUAAUUUUGUUUACCUUUUAAUUAAUUAAAGGUUUGUGGAUUAUUUAUGCUUUUUAUAGUGUAUUUCUUUUUAUUAGCAACAUUUUGGAGAUGGUUUUUGAAAGCAUAUAAAUUAAUCCUACAUGAAUUAAGACCGUUAUCUUA